AGUCUGACCCAAAAUCUGUCUAGUGGUGGCCCAAAGGGACUCACCAUCCCAGGACUUGUCCUGUGUGUAGAAGACGGCUCACCAAGCUCUCCUUCAGAACACUCUAGGAGAGGAGUCAAGUGGCUGCCUGGGGCAAGGGACUGCUGGCUCUGGGGCAUACAGUGCAGUGCCCAGACCAUCAGGGGACAUUUAAAAGGGGGUCGGGGAAUGCUCAGGGUCUCAUGAGCAUGCCCAAGAGAAGACAUAUGCACAAAAAGGAUCCAGGAAGUCCCUGUGCUUUGACCUGGAGCUAUUUUCUGAACUCAUUGGGUGGACAAGCCUUGAAGGAGAGCACUCCCACAAGUCGAUCUGCAAUGACUGGGAAAGUUUUCCCUCCCUCCCUCUCUCUCUCUCUUUCUCUCUCUCUCUCUCUCUUUCUCUUUCUCUUUCUCUUUCUCUCUCUUCCCCCUACUGGCAUUCAAGGAAACCUCUGUCAUAACACUAGAUGGAUAAAAGCCUAACGAGACAAGACCAGAAGCCGAACUCGGGUUCUGACAAGAUGGCCGGGCUGCCCCGCAGGAUUAUCAAGGAAACCCAGCGUUUGCUGGCAGAACCCGUUCCUGGUAUUAAAGCAGAACCAGAUGAAAGCAACACCCGUUAUUUUCAUGUGGUCAUUGCUGGCCUCCAGGAUUCCCCCUUUGAGGGAGGGACUUUUAAACUUGAACUAUUCCUUCCAGAAGAAUACCCAAUGGCAGCCCCUAAAGUACGUUUCAUGACCAAAAUAUAUCACCCUAAUGUAGACAAGUUGGGAAGGAUAUGUUUAGAUAUUUUGAAAGAUAAGUGGUCCCCAGCACUGCAGAUCCGCACAGUUCUGCUAUCGAUCCAGGCUUUGUUAAGUGCUCCCAAUCCAGAUGAUCCGUUAGCAAGUGAUGUAGCAGAGCAGUGGAAGACCAACGAAGCCCAAGCCAUAGAAACAGCUAGAGCAUGGACUAGGCUAUAUGCCAUGAAUAAUAUUUAAAUCGAUCUGAUCAUCAAGUGUGCACUACUUCUCCUGUUCUGCCAAGACUUCUUCCUUUUUUGUUUGCAUUUAAUGGACACAGUCUUAGAAACAUUACAGAAUAAAAGCCCAGACAUCUUCAGUCCUUUGGUGAUUAAAUGCACAUUAGCAAAUCUAUGUCUUGUCCUGAUUCACUGUUGUAAAGCAUGAGCAGAGGUUAGAAGUAUCAUCUGGAUUGUUGAGAAACGUUUAAAAGCAGUGGCCCCUCUCCUGCUUUUAUUCAUUUUCCCCAUCAUGGUUUAAGUAUAAAGCACUGUGAAUGAAGGUAGUUGUCAGGGUUAGCUGCAGGGGUGUGGGUGUUUUUCUUUAUUUUAUUUUUAUUUUUGAGGAGGGAGGUAGUUUAAUUUUAAUUUUAUGAGCUUCUCCCCCCACCUUUUAUGGUGAUCUAAUUAAAUUCAUUGGUUAAAAGCAGCUAACCAGUUCUUUAGAAUAUACCCUCUAGCCAAGUCUAACUUUAUUUAGACGCUGUAGAUGGACAAGCUUGAUUGUUUGAAUGAAAAUGGGAACAUUAAACAAACAUCACAGCCCUCACUAAUAACAUUGUGACUUUGCUGUCAAGUGUAGAAUCCUCCCUUCAAAAAAGAAGCUUGUGACCAUUUUGUAUGGCUUGUCUGGAAACUUCUGUAAAUCUUAUGUUUUAGUAAAAUAUUUUUUGUUAUUCUAAAAAAAAAAAAAAAAAAAAAAAA